AUUGUUGUCCUGUUGUGAUGCCCUCUGUCCUGGAACCCUGCACCCUUCUGUCCUAUCUCUCCAUCACUUCAUAGCGGGACUCUUCUGCAGCAUCCAGUGAGGUCUGCAACAUCACUUGGAGAACCCAAAGAGUCAGGAACCAUGCUGACCAUUUUGGCGCUAGCGUCGGUCGUACUCCUGGGAAUAGUGCCCCAGCAGUCUGAGGCCAUCGUCAUCUACACGGGCUGGGAGCGACACGCCCUGGUGGGCUCCGACAUCCGUCUUUCCUGCUCCUUCUUCUCCUGGCGCUGGACCUCUGAUGACGUCACCUUCUCCUGGAGCUACCGGCCCGACGGUGCCAGGGACGCCAUCUCUAUCUUCCACUACACCGGUGGAGCUCCCUACUUAGACAACAAGGGACCCUUCAGAGACAGGCUGGAGUUUGUGGGGAACCCUGGUCGCCGGGACGGAUCCAUCCUGCUCAAAAACCUAGACUACGGAGACAACGGCACCUUCACCUGCGAUGCCAAGAACCCACCUGACAUAGUGGGACGCGCCUCCAGUGUCAGACUGCUGGUCUUUGAGAAGGUUCCCAUCCAGGCGGGCGUGAUCACGGGGUCCAUCAUCGGUGCGGUGCUGGGUCUGUUGUUGCUGAUCGUUGUCAUCUACUAUCUGAUGAGGUUCCUGGUGGCCCGUAGAGUCUUCAACCUCAGUGUCAGCAAACAUGGAAAGAAAGGGAAGGGUAAAGAGGGAUCACAGCAGAGACAGGGCCCAACUCUCUCCAUCGGAGACCCGUCCAAGCUGAAGGCCGCCGCCUCAGAAAAGAAGAAGCAGGAGUCGCGCAAGGAUAAGAAAUAGGAUACGGGGAGCAGAGAGCUAGAGCCCCAACACACAGCCCAGCCCAAAGCAUUGAGACAGGCAGAGAGAGCAGGAACAGGGGACUCACCCAAGGGGGAAGGGCCUGGGAGGGUGCUGAUGACCAUCGAGCUGGAGCUCUCCAAGUGGGAAAAAGAGGGGGAGGGGAAGAGGGGUGGGUCCGCCUCAGCCAAAUCAUCCAGUUUCCUGUCCCUGUCCAAGCUCUCCAAAAAACUGACCCUGAAAUAAGUGAAUGAGAAUCAUACUGGAGAGGGAGGCAGCGGAGGACCUUAAGGAGGCAGUCUUAAAGAACUGUAAGGUGGUGUCCCAAAUGGCUCCAUAUUCCCUACAUAGUGCACUAAAUAGGGAAUAGGGUGCUAUUUCGGAGGCAGCCUAAGUCUGUCGUCAACAGUAUAUUCUUUCCCACAAGAUCUAAGCCUUUACAAUUCAAAGUAUAUUCAUCGAGAUCUCAAUGCCACACUGGGGUGAACAUAGACACAAUAGUGAUUAAAAAAAUAUGAUAGCUCAAUCAAUGGAAGUGAAACACUCCAACUACUACUGUCAGGUCAUGAAACAUGCCAUUUGAACCAAAUCAAAUGGCAUCUGACUGCUGGUUUGAUGACAAAAUCUUUAAAGCUAUUCCCAAGUUUGCCUUUCAUUCUGACAUCUUAGAUGUGAUGCAAGGCAGUAUUUCUCUACUACGCCUGUCCGACACACAUCAGAGAGUCCUGGCUACAGGGACCACCCAAUUUGUUAUUUUUUGUCUGUGUCCCAAAUGGCACCCUAUUCUCCACUCAGUGCACUACUUUGACCUGAGCCCUAUGGGCCCUGGGGAGAGGAUCUGUCAAAGUUUGACUUGCCCUCACACUGACUGAUGUCUUCUCUUCUUUCUCCUCUCGUCUUUCACUGGGAGCACUUUUAUUCUGACUCCUCUUCAUUAAAACUGUAGAAGUUUCAAAAAAAAAACGUUGAAUGCUUACUCUUUCUCAUCCUAUCUUUUCUAUCUCUCUUUUCUCUCGUAGAUUUUCUGAAUCUUAUUUCUCAAAGACUCGACUUCCUCCCACUUGACUGCUUCAGCUUCCAUGCGCCGCACCCUUUUAGACCACACCCCUUUCCUCCUGCCCCACCUUUUGAUGCUCUUCUCCCAUCUCAUUAAGUCCUGACUAUAAAAGAUCAGUCACACGAAGCGAAGCAAGAGUAGUCCUACCGAGUUCAGUGUUUGUAUGACGAGGAAAGAACAUACAACUCAUAACCCAUUCAGCUAGCAUCAAGCAGAGACCAGACCAGACCCAGGAUAGACAUGCAGUGUAACAAAUUGACCCACCAGGCUAUUGUAUAGAGAAUAGAGAUACAAAUCACUACAGGGAGAGGUCAAAUAGUUCCUGAAACUUCUGUUAAUGCUUCCCGCUGCUCAGUGCUCAAUCGGAUCAGGUGUGAGUGGUGUGAAGAGUUUGAGUGCACCCUGUGCUGGACGAGUCAGAGCGAGGGAGAGAAAUAUGAUUCCUAGCUCUUACCUUGUGUAGAUGGGUUCAAAUUGAAGUUCAUAUCGCCGGGGUGAUUCACUCCCUUCACAUUUGAGCUAAUGGAGGCCGUAGUGCUGCGCUGCCUUUCUGUCGCCCGCAAGCUGGAGGCUAGGUUAUUCCUGUCUAUAAGGGUGUAGUUGAUACAGGCUUACUGUAACAGCUGCAAUUUAAAGCAGAGUAGGAAAAAAAAGCCCUGUUUGUUUGUGUCUGAGAGGGCAUCCCAAAUGGCCAGCUACUUCCUAUAUAUUGCUCUACAUUUGACCAGGGCCCAUAGGGCUCUGGUUAAACAUAGUGCACUAUAUGUUGUAUAGGGUGCCAUUUUGGACGCCGGCUGCUUUGACUUCUGUGACUGAGUCCUUGAAAUGACGUCACGUUGACAGCCAGUGGACAUUCUCAGGCUCUGACAACAAAGGGAUACUCCUCCUUUCUACUCCUCCAUGUUAUUUUGGUCCCGUUAAUCCCUUCUGCACAUUUCUCCCCCCUAUUUUAGCACUUGCUGGUAACUGGAUCUCUCUAUCUCUCACGCACGCACGCACACACACACACACACACAUACUGUCUUUCUCUAAUUCUCUCUCUCUCUCUCUGUGUCCUUUAGUGACGCUAAGCUAUGUUCCCUCAUAGACUACCCAAUCCACUCUACACUUAAGCCGCUUCUAUCUAGCUCUAUCAGACAAAGCCAGACCCCAUCUCAAACAAACUCAGCAAUUCUUUUUUUCUUUUCUUUCCUCUCCUCCUCCUCCUCCUCCCUCUUUUUCAAACUCAGUGAUGGACACCUCUCUCCUCCACCCCCCUGAUCACCAGCGUCCCUCUCACUCACCCACCAAUGCCACCACACCCCUGCACGUUCGUUCACCUACCUUUUCUGCUGGUUGGAAUGCCACGUCGCUCUCUUCUGCCCCCUAUUGGCCAGGGAUGGAAACUGGGCAGAAUCAUCCAUGUUAUUAGUUCUCAUUGAAGACUUUAAUCUAGUUAUAGCUCUCUGCCGGUCGCAAAGGUGCGUGUUUUAUGUGUGUCUGUGUGUCUAGUCAGACUGUCAUGUCAAACAAAAGAUGAUAAAAACACUGUUACAUGCAUGUCAUUCUAAAGUAAAGCAAAUAAUGAGACAUUUUACUGAACAAGUGCAAAAAAAUGCUUGUUUUCGUUUGAGGGAGGCAGAUAUGUGAUAGUGUCUUCUUAUGACAUUUUAUCACAUUGAUGCCCUUGUUUAUGGAGGGGGAUCUGUGUGGCUGUUUUUAUUUUGGUGCAUAUUUUCCAGGGGCGGAAAAUAAAUAUUUGUUCUUUUGAGGUGCAAGCUGCAUGGGGCUACAGGAGGCACUCGCACGGUGAGGGAGAUGAUGAUGAUGAUGAUGAGGAGGAGGAUAAGGGAGGUUAACUUCAGAUGUUGCUGGUGGUAAUGCGAUUGGAAAAAAAUAACAGGUUGUUGCUGGGAUGAGGAUACUUUGGAGAGAGAGAGAGAGAGAGAGAGAGAGAGACGUAUCUUGUGUGUUAAGCCAAGCCAAACAUUCAUAUGUAUCGCUGAAGAUAUGGUUCAUCUCUCCCUAAAGCUCUUUCUUUCAAGGUCCUCACCCUGAGCUUCUGGUCAGAACGCUUGAUAGGUUAUGCGAGGUGGUUAGCGUAGGGUUUAGUGUUGAAUGUGUUUUGUUCUUUUAACUGUGGUCAUAGGGAGUGUGUUAAAACCACACCAUGGUUCAUUAAGCCAAUAGAAAAUAGAUAGUUCUGUUCACCCCAUCGCUGUUUAACCAACUAUCCAUCAUCAGAUGUGAUCAGUUUGAAUGUUUCUUUUGUUUCUUUUUCAGUACAGCCACACGGACUCCCGACAUGAAACAAAACUGCUUUAAAAUGUCUUCACAAUGUUUUGUUGUCUGGAUUGUGUACUGUAUGCAUUAUUUUGGUUGUCAGAUAACAUUCCUUUCUUAGAAAUGUCAAGCUUACAUUUUUACGUUUAUUUUAAUGCUUUAUAAUUAAAGUGCACUAAUCAUAUACAUUUGAUGGUUAUUUAAAAUGUGUUGUCAAGGGAAGGUCAAUAAAAAAUUAAAGCAUCAAACACAUCUCGGUUGUAAAAGGAGAAUAAAAUAAACUCAAAUGAAAAUGA